CAUGUUGGAUGGAACUGGCUCCGGGCUCUCUGGCGGCUGGACUUCCCAGGAAAGUUUUUGCGUUUGCCGUCUUUGCUCAGUCACUGCAAUUUUGACCUUAUUUUAAAGAGGUGCGGAACGUCGCACUCCACUUCUAAAACACAUAGGUUUUUUUUACCAGCACAGUGUAGCCGGCCUCCAGGUUAAUCCGAACCGGUGUUACGGGUUCGGAGGAAGGCCACGGAUGACCGAGGGAUUGUUUAUGUAUCUUUUUGGAUCCGAUUUAACAGUUAGGGUCGGUGCAUACUUUAUACAUUGAUCACCAAUUAUGAGUGGACAUCCGCCACAACGGCGGCAAACUAAUGUCGGGUCGUUACUACUGACUCCGCAGGAGAAUGAAUGCCUUUUCAACCACCUUGGCAGGAAAUGCAUCACAUUGUCUUCAGCAGUGGUCCAGGUGUUCACAGCCGAUAGGAACUCCAGCUGGAGUAAGAGAUGCUGCGGGGUGGCCUGUCUGGUCAAAGACAACCCCCUACGAUCGUACUUCAUCAGGGUCUUCGACAUCAGGGAUGGUAAGAUGAUGUUUGAACAGGAGCUGUAUAACAACUUCAACGUCUACCUCUCCAGAUCGUACUUCCUCACAUUUGCUGGAGAUACAUGCCAAGUGGGUCUUAACUUUGCCAGUGAAGAGGAAGCGAAGCGUUUCCGUGGUCAUGUGACAGAGCUACUGGGGAGAAGACAAAGGAAAACUGAGAAGAGACGAGACCCUCCAAAUGGCCCUACGUUGCCCAUGGCCACAGUCGACAUCAAAAACCCAGAGAUCAACAGUGUUCAGCGUUACCACAACAACUCUCAGGUGAACAACAUUGUGCACUCCUCUUUCCCCAAGAGGGAGAAAAAGACUAAGGGGAAGAAGAAGAGGUUGACCAAGGCAGACAUUGGCACACCAAGCAACUUCCAGCACAUUGGGCAUGUAGGAUGGGAUCCAAAUACAGGAUUUGAUUUGAAUAACUUGGACCCAGAGCUGAAGAACCUGUUUGAUAUGUGUGGCAUCUCUGAGGCUCAGCUGAAGGACAAGGAGACCUCCAAGGUCAUCUAUGACUUCAUUGAGAAGAAAGGUGGAGUGGAGGCUGUCAAAAAUGAACUACGGAGACAAGCUCCUCCACCUCCUCCAUCCAGAGGUGGCGGCCCUCCACCUCCUCCCCCACAUCACAGCUCAGCCCCGCCACCUCCUCCCCCCGCCCGAGGCCGAGGUGCCCCACCGCCGCCUCCCCCUUCCAGAGCUCCCAUCUCUGCACCCCCACCUCCUCCUCCAUCUCGACCGGGCAUGUCUGCUCCACCACCACCCCCACCCAGCCGAGGCUCUCUCCCACCUCCCCCUCCACCAGCUCAUGCCUCACUUCCUGUGGCACCUCCUCCACCACCUCCUCCCCCCUCAUCCUCAACCCCAUCUGGCACCGGAGUGGCCCCCCCUCCCCCUCCCCCUCCUCCUCCUCCACCUCCGGGCCCUCCACCCCUUGCUCCUCCACUGCCGGAGGCUAAUGGAGGGGACGGUGGCUUCCCUUCAUCUGGGAAGUCAGCGUUGCUAAGUCAGAUCAGAGAAGGUACCCAGCUGAAGAAGGUGGAGCAGAAAGAGAGGCCAGUGUCCUCCUCCACCGGCCGAGACGCACUUCUGGACCAAAUCAGACAAGGAAUCCAACUGAAAUCAAGGGAUGAUAACAUGGAUUCAGCUCCUGCCACUCCGGCCCCCUCGGCAGGCAUCGUGGGGGCGCUGAUGGAGGUGAUGCAGAAAAGGAGCAAAGCCAUUCACUCUUCAGAUGAGGAUGACGAUGAUGAAGAUGAUGAGGACUUUGAAGAUGAAGAUGAAUGGGACGACUAGUGAUUUUGCCCUUUUCCUUUCCCUCCCAGAAGAACCCUGGAUGAUUAUGACACUAAAUUGUUCUCGUCUUUCUAAAAAGAAAUCUUUAAUUUCAAAGUAUAAAUGUAAAUGUUCUAUCAGUUUGCUGUAUAUUUUUGUUGCCUUUAUGCUUUUUUUAUUAAUCUGUGCAAUACCUCAUUUAAUCUGUACAUGUUUGUCAUUCUCAUAUCGUAGCAUUUUGUUCCUUUACCUUCUUCUCGAUCUGUCUUUACGUCGCUUGAAUCUUUACCGCGGUUAUGUCAUGUUUCUCAUUUUAACUGUCUUCUGCUUUUGUCUUUUUGUCGUUUCUCCAUCUCGUUCUGCUCCUCACACAUUGCCAGAUCUUUGAUAUUUAUCAUCUCCAUCUGUCAUCUCUCAUAUCUGAUGCCUCACCAUCCAACAUUUUUCCUGUCUGUUCCUGCGUUCUCUCGCUAUUCCAUGUUCCACAGAUUAACGUGCAAUUUCACAUCAUAUCUGUCAAACCUUAGAGUUGAUUUUUUUUUUUUUUUUUUUUUUUUGGUUUUCUUUUGGUCAGUGAUUGAAGGGAAGGGCUUACAAAUGAAGCUGCCACAUCAUUGUGUCACCAUUGUUUGUCGGGAGGAAAAAAAAUUGAACUAUUUUCAUACCCUAUUGCUCUGUAGUUUAUUUUUACUUAUUCAAAGGAAUCCUAGUUUAGCACUCAUAUUUUCGUAAAACAAAGAAAAAAAAAAAAGAAGAAAUGCUCUUUUUUUGGAAUAUUUAGCUUCAUUUGCUGUCGACUGUAAAUUUGCUCCAGAGUUUGAGUCUUGUUAUAUUUUUGCACAGAUUGAAAAAGGAGACUCGCUGCAUGAAUACAGGAUAUUUUCAGGUCUGUAUCAUUAUGAAACAUACAUGAUCUUUAAAUAAUGAGGCAACAUACACUUGGACGUAAACAUUUUUAACUGUUAACACUACAUACAGUACACACACAGGUAGCCCACAAUGUUACAGCUGGCUAUCGGUUGUGAAUUUUGUUUUGUAUGUCACCACCACACUACAAGUUCAGUUGAAAUUGUGUAUUUUUAUUCUUUUUUUUUUUUUUUUUUUUUCAGUAGCAAGCAGAGUAUUAAUAAAUGCCUGUUUGUUGAAAUCAGGUCUGUCAUUAUGUAAAGCUUAAGGAAUAAAGGCAUUUUAGUUUUACACACCUGAUGCUUAAAGUGGGUCCAUAUACUCAGUUACUGGACAGAAACAGUGGGGUUAAAGUAGUGUUAUCCUGUUUUAGACACUAACAGUGUGAGGAGAUGCAUUACAUUCAUGGCAUUAGUCAAGUAUCAACAUUUUGUCGACUAGCAAGUAAAUCAUGGAAUCGCUUACAAAAUCACUCCGGUCAGUUAUUCACAGUAAAAAUUUAACACAGACGUGUAUUUAAUCUGAAUAUGUAAUGUGUUUAGUCAGCCUCAAGGAGUAAAAAUCGACUUUUAAUCUGCAACAUCUUGUUUUCCCAAAGUAUCUGUGGCGUAGAUUAAAUACUGAGGCAGAUCGAGAUGUUGUAGAUUAGAAAAAUGUGACACUGACAAUAAAAUGAUUGACUUAAAAAACCCAGGAUAGCAUCUGUUAAAGUAUAGAAUUGUGUUGACUGAAUGAGGGAUGCUAACACAAAGAAUGCUAGUACUGCUAACAUACAAGAAAAAAAUGAUUUCCUUCAGUUUGACAAAUAACCAGAUAAGGAGUCUGUUUGUCUGAAAUGAAAGCACCUUCUGUGAAUUCUGUCUUUGAGAGACAAGUUGCCACUUGUUUGAUGUUAAAACUGACUUCCUGUCAAAUACAUGAUGAUUUUUGGGAAACCUAGCCAUGUUUUCACUGAUUUUAGCUUCUGUAGGUAACUCGGUUAAUAAAAUGUUAUGGACGCCAUGCCUUUCCAGUGAGGCUGGACAAAUAACGAACUCUUACAAUGUACACUCCAAUAAAAGGUUGAUAUUUACAUA